GAGAUCGAAUCGUUCGACACUCAUCGUGUCGACGAAGCCAAUGCGACAGUAGAUUUCUUGACUUGGGAGCCCGAAUGGAGCCUCCAGUAUCAAGUGCCCAAGCUUAUUUACAAGUACUGGGACAGUGUCGAUAGACGUGAUACUGCCACUGGCCUGGAUGUGUAUCACGUCUUCCGCGUCCUCAAGCGGGCUACGCCGCCCCAGGUCAAGAAGAAGGACUUUAGGUACCAGGUUCAGUGGGUGGGUUAUCAUCGUAGCGAGUCAACUUGGGAGUAUGAGAGCAAACUCGCGCAGAUUGCGCCGGAAGAGCUUAUCAAGUUCCACGCCAAGAACGGGUGUACUCCAGAGGCUCCGGCCCAGAAGCCCAAGCGGGGGAUUGCUCGGGGUUCUGGGAAUCCCAGGAAGAAGGCUAAGGUUGAUGAUUAG